CCCGCUCCGUCCCCGCUCCGUCCCCGGGAUGUCGCCGCGCUCCGCCCGCCUGGCGCGGCUGUCGCGCUCCGUCACCUUCAGCGCCUGCCACCGCCUGCACAGUAAAGCCCUGAGUGACGAGGAGAACCUGAAGCUGUUUGGGAAGUGCAACAAUCCAAAUGGCCACGGACACAACUACAAAGUUGUGGUCACCGUGCGUGGAGAGGCCACCAAUCCUCCUUGUGCUUCCCUGCAGAUUGACCCAGUCUCGGGGAUGGUGAUGAACCUGACAGACCUGAAGGAAUACAUGCAGGAAGCGAUCAUGGAGCCGCUCGACCACAAAAACCUGGACAAGGAUGUGCCCUACUUCUCCGAGGUGGUGAGCACCACGGAGAACAUGGCCGUGUUCAUCUGGGACAGCCUCCAGAAGCUCCUGCCCCAGGGCAUCCUUUACAAGGUGGAGGUACACGAGACGGAGCAGAACGUGGUCGUUUACAAGGGAGAAGAAACGAUUGUCAAGUGAGGUCAGCCUGAGCUCGUGCUCCGUGGUCAGCUCCUGGAUCCCUGCUCAGCGUUUCCUGCAGCCAGCCCUGGCUCUGUGUUACAGCAGGACAACUGCAGAUGUUUCACAAGGACCCUCGCAGCAGCUUGCCCACCUGGCUCCUCAGAAUGGGUUGGUUUCUCUGCUUUUCCUCAAGACCUUCCUGUUUUGCCAGUUGGUGUGAAAUUUAGAGUUGUGCCGUGGUAAAUAAAGCAGAUUUGGGGAGAGGAGGUGGCCUGGCAAAAUCACAAGAGUCUUUGAUUUCUCUCUGAUUAAAUAUUGAAUUAAUUUA